AUGUAUAAUGACUUAGAAAGAUUCAUUGCACUCACAGAAGGAGAAGGAUUUUAUGAAGAUCAAACACUUCAAAGCAAAUUAUAUCCAUAUGAUAAUGAAUAUUCUUACCCCGAAUAUUCAUUAAUUGAAUUAUGCUGUUAUCAUGGAGCUGUUGAUUGUUUCAAGUUUUUAAGGACAAAAUUUGACACAAUAAUAACUCGAACAUGUCUAGAAUUUUCAUUUUUAGGAAGAAAUCCAGAGAUCAUGAGUGAAUGUUUGAAAUAUCAAAAACCAAAUGAAAAAUGCAUGGAAUAUGCAAUUAUCUCUCACAAUAUUGAUUUUGUUACAUUCCUGAUGAAUGAAUACAAUAUAGAGAUCAAUUUAGAAUUAUGCGUAAAAUAUAAUAACCUUGAAUCAUUUUUAGUUUAUUUCGAUCAAACUAAUGAUAUUAAUGAAUGCUUUAUUAAAUCGACGAAGUUCAAUAUUGCAUCCCUUUACGAAUAUUUCCUAUCAAAUGGUGCAAAUAUCAAGGAAAAAGAUAAUAAUGGACUAACCGCUCUUCAUAUUUCAGCACUAAAUAAUAGUAAAGAAACAGCUGAAGUUCUUAUUUCACAUGGUGCAAAUAUCAAUGAAAAAGGUAAUGAUGGACAAAACACUCUUCAUAUUGCAGCAUUUAAUAGCAGUAAAGAAACAGCUGAAGUUCUUAUUUCACAUGGUGCAAAUAUCAACGUAAAAGAUUAUGAUAGACAAACCGCUCUCCAUAUUGCAGCAUUUAAUAGCAGUAAAGAAACAGCUGAAGUUCUUAUUUCACAUGGUGCAAAUAUCAACGUAAAAGAUUAUGAUAGACAAACCGCUCUCCAUAUUGCAGCAUUUCAUAAUAGAACAGCUGAAGUUCUUAUUUCACACGGUGCAGAUAUCAAUGUAAAAGAUAUAUAUGGGAAAACCGCUCUCCAUAAUGCGGCAUUUAAUAAUAGUAAAGAAACUGCCGAAGUUCUUAUUUCACAUGGUGCAAAUAUCAAUGAAAAAGAUAAUGAUGGAGAAACCCCUCUUCAUAUUGCAGCAUUUAAUAACAGUAAAGAAACAGCUGAAGUUCUUAUUUCACAUGGUGCAAAUAUCAAUGUAAAAUAUUUAAACGGAAAAACCGCUCUUCAUUAUGCAGCAAAAUAUGAUAGCAAAAAAAUAGCCGAACUUCUUAUUUCACAUGGUGCAAAUAUCAAUGAAAAAGAUAAUAAUGGACAAACCGCUCUUUAUAUUGCAGUACUAAAUAAUAGUAAAGAAACAGCUGAGGUUCUUAUUUCACAUGGUGCAAAUAUCAAUGAAAAAAAUAAUGAUGGACAAAACACUCUUCAUUAUGCAGCAUUUAAUAACAGUAAAGAAACAGCCGAAGUUCUUAUUUCACAUGGUGUAAAUCUAAAUGAAAAAGACAUAUAUGGAAAAACCGCUCUUCAUAUUUCAGCACUAAAUAAUAGUAAAGAAACAGCAAAACUUCUUGUUUCACAAUGUUUAAAUAUCAAUGAAAAAAAUAUAUCUGGAAAAACCGCUCUUCAUUAUGCAGCAGAAAAUAAUAGUAAAGAAACAGCAGAACUUCUUAUUUCACAUGGUAUAAAUAUCAAUGAAAAAAAUAAUAGAGGAGAAACCGCUCUUCAUAUUGCAACACUAAAUAAUAAUAAAGACACAGCCGAAAUUCUUAUUUUACAUGGUGCAAAAUAUAAUAUUCUUAUAUAA